UCAAAAUAACGGUCAGCCAAUUCCAAGGACGUUAACAACAUCGACAUCUAUCAUGUAUACAGACCCAACCUGACUUUCCACACAUUUUCAAUUCUAUCUCCAUGACGGACUACAAUACAAAGCUGUCAGAAUACAUCGACGGCUGGCUCAAAACCUUUAUCGCUGAUUCCAGCACUCCGUUCCGCGGCCAGAAACGCGACGCGUCGUUGAGUCCCAUAUUGAAUUGGAACGACAUGCCGACUCCGCCAUCGUCUGACGUGACUCAAGAAACACCUAGGAAAAGUCGAAGGCGAUCGCCGAAGAGACCGAGACAGGGUGACACUCCCGAAGAAAACACCAGCCAGGAUACUCCCUUCGACGACAACCAGACUCCCACUGGCCCUGCAAGAACGCUUCGGAUGGCAAUGCCGAGUCGCCCUUUUUCAAAUCCACCGUCUUUACCUCCAUCAUCUUCCACAUCUCAAUCUUCAAAUCGUUCCCGAUCGACCAGCCCUGUCAAGCGCUCCACGCUAGAACUCCUCCAAAAACCCGUUAAAUUCAUUCCUUUGGAUGAAUGGAAAGUCGAAGAAAACAUACAGAAGGCAUUUAACAGGAUCUUCGAUAUCUCGUAUGGCGACAAAUUCAUACCUAACGCGGUUGAGAAAGAGAUACGGGCCAGCGGCCAAAGAGCAAUGUCAGGCUGGUUCUUCGAACACUCGGAUGACAAAACCGCCUAUUAUAUGGAGGAACUUGCCGCUCUUCUCAAAAUCAAGGAUGCUGCCAGGUACCUUGAAAAGGGAGGAGCUCACGAGUCGGCUUGGAAUUUGGAUAUCCAUGGACCUCUGCUGGAACUUGCCCUGAAGCCGUUCAAGUCUUUGAAACGCGAGCUUCUCACACACGCCAGAAUAAGCCCGCCCUUUAUCCCAGAGCUUCGAACGGAUUCAUUUUAUGACAUAAUAUCGUCCAAGAUGAUCGACUUCGGCAUCACAGUGCAGCCUUCGGCAUCCACGGCGCAACAUAUCAGCAAGGUGCUUAACGCAGUCCCGCAUAAUAAACACUCUAUCAAUCCGACGACAUACAACCUCGUUAGAUACGAUCCAAUCGCGGUGCCAAUAGAAACCAAAAAUACAACAGGGCAUAUGGAGGAGGCCAGAGUCCAGCUUGGACUUUGGGUAGCAGCAUGGCAUAAGCGGAUGAAUGCUCUUCGGACGAAUAACGAGCAGAUCAUUACGUUACCGCUGAUAAUGGCCGUGGGGCAUGAAUGGAAGCUCCUCUUUGCGUACGAUGGAGAGAAUACAAUUGGUAUUGCAGAGGGCAUAAAUAUGGGUGGGACUAUGGACUUGGUUGGGUUAUAUCGUGUUCUCGGGAUAUUGAGAGAGUUGGCAAUGUGGAUGGAGACUGAGUAUGUUGCUUGGUUGGAUAGAUGGCUUGGACUUAGGCAGCCAUAGGACAUGCGAAUCGGGCUCCCCCAGGCUUGGGUCCUUGGUGGUCUAUCCUAGCUGCGAGGCGAAUACAGGUCUGAAUUGAAUGGAAAACACAUAUAAACUAAAACCACGCUAAUGAAGACAGGGACCUGACAAUUAUUGUUUACGUCGAUAUCCUACUCUUCUAUUCCUAAUUGUCGUGUACCCCUAAUUG